AUGCUGGGUCACCUGGACGGGACAGCGAGGGGCCGACUGAGCGUGAAGGAACUGUACCAGCUGGAGCCGAUGACCACGAGCGAUGCAUCAAGCCCUUCAUUGACCGUGCGAUCUUGGGGAUAUUUUCUUGUCUGCCCGAGAGUGGUGCAAAUGCUUCGACAAGUCAGAGCGCCCUUGUGCCGCCCUGCGCAAAGCCAGCAAAGGGGCCUGCUAGGCGGCUACAUUCCCGAGUGCGACAGCGAGGGCUACUAUCAGCCGACGCAGUCCCACGCGGGGGCGGGAUGCGAUAUGAACAGCCAAGAGGUGAGCAGCAACCACGUAGACGACGACGCAGAAGAUGGGGACGGGCGAGACAUGGACGCCGUGGAGGGCAGGCCCGACAUGCCCCUGGACAUCUAA